CUGUUCUUGUUGGAAAUAGUCAAGUCUUAAUAAUUAAGUUGGGUUGGAAAACGAAUUCUUCGACCGAGCACACGUUUGCUCUUCUGCUCUUAAUAAACCCUGCAUCAUCCAUGGUAGUUGCAACGGUAUUAGCUGAAGCUGAAGCAACGAAACCAAAUCCUUUCUUCUCUUCUUCCUCUUCUUCUUAUUCUUCUUAUUCUUCUAUUUAUUCAAAUUCUUCUAGCCAUAGAACUAUCAAUACUCUGAAAAGAAAUUGAUGGAGUUAAUUUCACCAAGACCGUUGACAGGAGCACAGGAACUGAAGCAUGAGCUUUUUAUGAGGGCUGAGGAGCUCGAGAGGCUUGUCGCAAUAUACAAGCUCAAGCUGUGCGGUGAAGAGAUGGCUUCUUUGAAUUAUGGGAGUAUGUUGAUCGAUCAAGUCAAUACAGAUGUUUUGGGGGACCAGAGAGGCCAAUUCUAUGAUAUCUACAUGAGGAAAAGAGAAGUGAAGUUGAGAGAGGAAUGGAGAGCUAGAGGAGCUGAGAAGAAAGCAGAGAUGAGAGCAAUGAUGGAGAGUCUAGAUAGCACUUCUUCCACGAUGAUGAGCAAGGGAAAGGAAACAGAACCCAUGAAUGAUCAUUGUAGACAGAGCAAUUCACGAAAGCUUUCCUCAAGCAGUAGUAAUAGUUCUUCCACUUCUCGGAGCUCAGCAACAGCCACAAAUAAUUCUGCUAUCAGACCUUCCAACUCAGCCUCCUUGAGAAAAGAAAACACUAAGGCAUCAACUGGAAUCAGAAAUGAGACCACCCUGCAAAAGAGCAUUGCUCGAAGCCAUAGCUCUAAUGACAGGUUUAGUAUUGUCAAGGAUAUCAAGGCCAGAAGGUCACAGUCCUUGCGAAAAAACUCUGUGAGUCUUGGUGAGCCAAAAAACUUUAUGCAUCUCAAUUAUGAUCCUGAUGCGUUAACACCACCAAUGAAUACUAAUCCUCCAAGGAAUGGUGCACCAAAGCCAUUACUUAGGAAGAGCUAUGGUACAGGUCCAACAACUAAACUGAGAAUCUCUGUGGCUUCUGAAGCACCUAUAAGUGAAGAAUCCUGGAAUCCUGCAUAUCAUAGAUUUCAAAGUAACGGUCAUAUUGAUGAAAGUCAGAAAUCAAGGAAUUCUCAUAUGGAAAAGUUUCUUUUUGACGUGCACAAGGCAUCUGAUUUUGAUUCAUCAAUGGAUUCUCUAUGCUUAGACCAAGCAACAAGGGACUCACACGACAUAAAUCAAAAUUUAGAAGGUAAGACUGUUCGAGCAAGGAAGAAAUGGGGAAGUGUAGAGAGACCUUUUGUAGCUGUUGAUGCCUCUACUCAUUCCAUCAUGGAUGUAACAAAAGGGAUUAAGAAGUUUUUAAAAUUUGGAAACAGAAGUAGAGGAGCUAAGAUUAAUAAUGGCAAAGAAGAUAGCCAUGAUUCAGAAAAUUUUGCUUUCAAUGCGGAUGGGACACAUUAUGAACAAGCUGCGCGUUCUCUCUUCUCUUCCACCAUUUUGUGUCAGGGAAAAUGAAAAUUAGAGCACAUGAAGGAACCAGGACCUGUAUUUGUUAGAAGAUUUAGAUCUUCAUGUUGAAUACAUGUUACUAUGAGCUUGCUUGUUCAGUUCUUUUAUUUUUCAGAUUUAAGGUUCCCCUUGUAAAAAUGCCCCAUGAUUUUUCUUCUCUGAAGCAUGGUGUAAAAGAAAUGUUUAUUUAUUAA